UAUGUUAAAAUCACGCACACCCCCGCCCUGUAAAAAUGGUACGGUCACAAGCUCAAAUUCCGAGAAUUGAGCUCUGCUGAUUCUUAGAACAGGGGUUCUUAGAAGUGGUGAUGCAAGAAGUUUCUAGGAAAGCACUACCAGAUUUUGACAAAAUGUCUUGCGCAGCAGACAGCUGCAUCCAGUUCACACGCCAUGCCAGCGACGUCCUGCUCAACCUGAACCGGCUGCGCAGCAGAGACAUCCUCACAGACGUAACCAUUCUGGUAAACAGACAGCAGUUUCGUGCUCACAAGACUGUCCUUAUGGCAUGCAGUGGGCUCUUUUAUUCAAUAUUCACUGACUCUCUAAAAUGCAACAUGAACGCCAUCAAUCUGGACCCGAAGGUUGACCCAGAAGGCUUUGCAGUCCUCCUGGACUUCAUGUACACCUCUCGUCUCACUCUGAAGGAAAGCCUCAUCGUGUCCGUCAUGAAUACAGCCAUCUACCUGCAGAUGGAUCACGUUGUCGACACCUGCCACAGAUUUAUUAAAUCCAGUGACUCUUCUAUCAAACUGCCCAGAGAGGAUUUCUUGAUCAGCCCUUUGCUUAUACCUCAAGAUGUUCAUGGUUACAGACCACAUGAGGUUGUGGAGAACAUGGCAGCACGGUCUGGCUCUUUCCGUGAUGGAAGGUCAUGUAGUGGCAUGUUUAAUGUCGUGAACCCUCCCAGCAGUGCAUAUCAUGUUUAUAGCCAGCUCCCCAUGCAGGCUUUCCCUUUCCCUAUCUGUAAGCUGACAGACGCCAAAAACCCUUUCCCUGACUUUGCCAAAGGAGGCGUCCUCCAACACAAACACUGCCCGCCAGGCGAAGACUUCACUCGUAGCUCCAAUGCCAGCCUCUCCAGCUUAUGCCACACUGACGCCUACUCUUCCCGGGUGCUGGGAAGAAACGAUGACAUGAAAAGGGACAACCUGCAAGGUAUGGCUCAGUCCAUUGGUACAAGUUCUAGAAAACAUGGACUCGCUGGCCUGGCCCAGGAGCAUCAGAGAGAUGUGGGCAAAGAGCAGGCUCCUCUGGCUGGAGACGAGCUGAGCCAGCGGCCCUAUUCUGUGGGUAUGGCCUCCAGUGGGCGCAAGGCUCUCAUUGGCAGCCCUCAGAGCCCUUUAAAAUCCGACUGCCAGCCCAAUUCACCCACAGAGUCGAGCAGCAGCAAGAACGCUGCACUCUCGCACACCUCUCAGCCUCUGACUCCACAGGGCAUGCAGGACCCAAAGGCUCGCAACUGGAAAAAAUAUAAAUUCAUUGUGCUCAAUCAGAGCACCAAGGAGGAAGAGAGUGGCACUCAUGAGCCUGAGAUGCGCUCGCCUCAGAGGCUGGCGUUUCAUCCCUCGUCUGAAUCCGAGCAGCCAGACAUGCAGCCUGCCAGCACAAAGAUCACCGAUCACGGAGAUGACUUUACUGUGCCCCAAGCCAGCCGCCUCAACAAUAUCAUUAACAGAAGUCUGGAGGGUUCACAGAGGAACAGUGACUGCCACUCUUCUCUUUAUAUGAGCCACUUAAAGUGCACAUCCUGUGGCUCACAGUCCCCACAACACUCAGAUGUUUGUCCCAACACUCCUGGCUCGCACCUUAAUGAGGAGAUGGCCGAGCUGCACUCUGAGUAUUCCGACUCCAGCUGUGAAAAUGGUACCUACUUUUGUAACGAAUGCGACUCCAAAUUUGCAGAAGAGGAAGGCUUAAAACGGCACAUGCUUCAGGUGCACAGCGACAAGCCAUACAAAUGUGACCGUUGCCAAGCAGCAUUCCGCUACAAGGGAAAUCUCGCUAGCCACAAGACGGUACACACAGGAGAGAAGCCGUAUCGAUGCAACAUCUGCGGCGCACAGUUCAAUCGACCAGCUAACCUCAAGACCCACACGCGCAUCCACUCUGGAGAAAAGCCAUACAAGUGUGAGACCUGCGGGGCUCGAUUCGUUCAGGUGGCUCACCUGCGUGCCCAUGUCCUGAUCCACACGGGAGAGAAGCCAUAUCCCUGCGAAAUCUGUGGCACACGAUUCCGGCACCUGCAGACGCUCAAGAGUCAUCUGCGCAUACACACAGGAGAAAAACCUUACCAUUGUGAGAAAUGUAACUUGCACUUUCGCCAUAAGAGCCAGCUUCGGCUGCACUUGCGACAGAAGCACGGUGCCAUCACCAACACCAAGAUCCAGUACCGUGUGUCCACAGCAGAUCUGCCGGAUUUGACCAAGGCCUGCUGAAAAGACACAAACACACAAGGGCCAAACCACAGCAUUCUCUGAGCCCUACUUGGACAAUCAUUUGAAACUGUAGUGCCACACUGUGUUGAUCAGACAAGAAGAAGAAGAAGAAGAAGAAAAAAAAAAAAAUCGAGGCAUUUAAUGCCGUUCUACGGGUUUCCUCUAUAUGUGAACAUAGAACCACAUAAGGUCUCUUGUCACUUUAUUGUUUAUAUUUGCAUAGAAAUAUACAGUAAUGUUGAGUGUUUUUAAGCUUUCAGUUAUUCAAAAAAAAGCUUUAUUUUGUUGAGAAAAAUGAGGAUGGAAUGUAAAAAAAAAAAAAAAAAAAAAAAAUUAAAUCCAGUUUUUGAGAUUACAGUAUUUUAUAACAAGAAGUUACUUUUUGGAAAGUAUUGGAAUUUUAAUUGAAGGUCGGUAUAUUUUAUGGCAGUGUAAAGACUUGUGUCCAGAGAUUUUGUGUACAGGAUACACCACACUAGAAUGGCAUCCUUUACAAAAAAAAAUUACAUCUUGGCUGUGCCUAUAAUUGGGUUUAUUUGUAUAUGAGAAUAAUGGUUGCUCUCAAAGUAUAAGCAUUGCAUGAGGUGGGUUGCUACUGGUCGACAUUCAUUAACGUAAGAAACCGCAAAAGAAGGACAUGAUGCAUAGUUUUGUUUUUUUUUUCCCCCAAGAUUGCACUCUGCUGGCAGAACCAAUCUUUGAUUAAAUAUUAAAAUAUGCAUUAAAAACAGAUACUGCUAUGGUACGACAGUUAUUUCACUUCAGUUGUGUUUGUAUAGAAAUGUGACUUUGUUAGCAAGUGAAGGUUUACAUUUUUGUCAUUGUUCUAGAAGCUACAGUAAAAGGUAUUACUGCGCUUUUUGCCCUCUUUAUGUAUACACACUGUGUAUUUAAGGUGCCUUUCUCAGUGGUGACUGAAUUGCUUUCUGUUACUCUGCUAAGGUACAAUUGAAAGACAGCACUUGUCCAGCACCCCCCCAUCCCAUUUCAUGUGUGUAAAUGUUUUUUACAUGCUUUUCACCAGUUCAACUUUCAAAGAGGAAAAAAAAUCAUUAUUGCUUGAGCUGUGCAUCUUUAGGACUCUUUGGGAUUGGGCUUUUUCUAAAAUGCAUUAAGCUAACUGUAUAUGUGUAUGAAUGUAAAAUAAAAGUAUUGAAUUUCUAUGUACAA